AUGGCCACUUCAUGUACUGAUUCGAUUAAAAUAAUUGAUUGGAGUGGUGAGGUUGGUUCGGAUGGUUCAGAUGGUCAAGCUGGACAAAAAGGAUCAAAAGGAGAGAGUGGAAGAUCGGGUCAUUUGGGAAAGAGUGGAGGUGGUAGAGGAGAUGAUGGUGAUUCUGGAGGAAAUGGAGGAAAUGGUACUGAUGGAUUGAAUGGCAGUCAUGCUAGUGAUGGUAAAUCGUGUCCUCACACCAGUGUGCAAAUUACAAUCGAAUCCCAGAGUGAUAAUUUGUUAAAGUUUAACAUGUCAUCAAAUAUUGCAAAUGAAAGUGUCUUGUUGGAUAUUAAAGAUGCUUCUGAAUCCGUGUUGAUUUUCAGAGCUAAUGGAGGUGAUGGAGGAAAUGGUGGUAGAGGUGGUGACGGAGGAGCAGGAGGCGAAGGUGGUAGUGUUGUACUGACCCUACUUUUCACUUCUCUGAAUGAAUCAGGUGGCAAUGGUGGAAAGGGAGGAAAAGGUGAAAGUGGAGGAAGUGGUGGUAAUGGUGGAAAUGGUGGCAGAGGAGGAAAUGGUGGACAUUCAGGUAAUGGUGGAGAUGGUGGAAAUGGAGCUAAUGGAGGAGAUGCAACCAAUCAAGUCAUUGUAACUACAUCCCACCCAGAAUAUCUCAUCUUUUUACAAGUUGAAUGUAGAGGAGGAAUGUCUGGUAUGGGAGGUGAACAAGGUAGAGCUGGAUCAGCUGGUUUGGGAGGUUCUCGUGGACAUGCUGGUUCAGGAGGAGAUCCUAGCUCACUAAAUGGUGCUGGAAAGAAGGCAGGAGAAAAAGGAAAGGAUGGCCAAAAGGGAGAUCGUGGUAAGUCUGGUCAGGAAGGCAAGGCUGGCGAACCUGGAUCAAAAUCUGGUCAAUCAGGAGUUAAGAAGUUUGUAAUUGUAGAUUCUAAAACUGGACAGGUUUUAGAGCAAGCAAGUGAAAUGUAUGAUUUGGUUGUUUCAGAUUUUGAAUUGAAAACAACUGAUGUAAACACCAAUGAUGGAAUUAUUGAACCAGGUGAAGCUGUCAUGAUUACAGGUCUCAAAAUUAAGAAUGAAGGAAAAUUGACAUGCCCAAGUGGAGUAGUGAUUAGCUUUACCAGUUUGGCUAGCUCUAAAUUCAAAUUCCUUCCAAAUGCUGGUCAGGAAAGUUUUACAUUGAAUACAAGUCUUGCUCCUCAAGAGGAAAUUGUCGUUCCACACGAUUUUCAUGGUACUGUAGGAGAGAAUGGUAGUAGUGGCUUGGAAUCUGAAAUUACCAUCAUUUCACAAGCAACUCUUCUUGGAAAGACAUUUAACAAUUCAACCCUUCCAAAAACUUUUAAGGUUCAAUAUCCUGUCAGUAUUGAAUCCAUCUCUCAAGAUCCAACUGCUCUCAGACCAGGAAAGGCAGCAACAUUGAAAAUUACCUUGAAUAAUGCUUCUGGAAUUCCAUAUGGAAAGUAUACUCCGAACCCUGUACACUAUGUCAUUACAUUUGACACAAGAUUUGUCACAAAAACAUUUGAAGAACAAGUUCAAUUAAUUCCAGAAAAUGGAAAGUAUGAAAAAUCCAUUCCAAUUGAGUUGGAACAAGCUGGCGAUGGAAAAGAUGUAUUAAUCACUACUAAUUUAUAUUUGAGAGGAAAUUUGAUUGAAACAGUUGAAACCAAGAUUCCACUUGCCGAAACAAAUGAUUCCUCAAGUGGCGAACGAUUCUGUGACAAGUGUCUCGAUGAUGAAGAACAAACGCAAGCUACUCACUUUUGUAAGACAUGUGCUCUCCACUUUUGUGAAGAACACUUGACACUACACAAUAAGGCAAACAAGACCAAAUUCCAUGUUGAUGAUUUGGUAGAAUUGAAGAAGGAAAGUUCUGUACCUCAUUGUACCAAAUGUUUUGAUGAAGCAGAGGAAAAAACCAAUGCCACUCAUCACUGCUCUGAUUGUGAUGCCUAUUUCUGUGAACUUCACUUGACUCUCCACAACAAGUCAAACAAGACCAAAUUCCAUACUGGUCUUAAAGAAUUGCCCCCUCCAAACUCAACCAAAUCCUCAGCUCUUGCUCAACCGGUUUUCAAGAGAAAGACAUUCAGCCUAUUUGGAAAGAUUGAAUAUGUUGGAAAGCUUGGAGACAAGUAUGGAAAUUACUCUAGACAUCAAAGAGAUCCUGGCCUUUUUAGCUUGCCACACGAUGUGAAAAUUAAUGCCAUGACAAGACAAGCAUUUGUUUCAGAUUAUUUGAAUGGUAGAAUUCAAGUUUUUGAUUGUGCUACUAAAAAAUAUUUGUAUCACUUUUCAGUUCCAGGUGGAAGUAGAUCUAUUGCAUUUGACUACAAUGAUAAGACUUUGCUUGUAUCAGGAACUUCAACUAAUAAGGUUUACAAAUAUACAUGGGAUGGAAAAGUUCAAGUUUGGCAAGCAGGAAGAGGAUCUGCAGGAGAUUAUCCAGAUGAAAUUUCUACUCCAACAUGUCUCACUGUCGAUCCAGAGACUAGUGAUGUCUACGUUACUGACAUGUGUAAUAAUAGAAUUGCUGUUAUUAGUCAUGAUGGUAAAAUUCUCAGAACUAUUGGAACCAUUAAGGAAAUUAAUUCUGGUUGGGGAGUUGACUUUAAUAAUGAUGGUCAUUUAAUGGCCUAUGAUUUUACAAGUGGUUCCAUUAAGGUCUUUACAAGGGAAGGAGAAUUAAUUCAUGAUAUGAGAAGUCUAAGUGUUUCACCAGAAAUUGAAUGGGCCACCAAUUAUAUUUAUUUUGAAAGAUCUACAGGAUACUUGUACUUGUCAGUUCAUAAUUGGCAUCGAAUCAAUGUCUAUGAGGAUUGUAAUUUUGUGGAGAGUAAGGAUGAAUUGGGACAAUUUGAAAGUUAUGAUGAUUUGUUAAUUGAUAGACUUGGACCAAGAAAUGGAAAGACUCGUUGUUUGAGAAUUGUCAAGAGAUUUGGUGAGAAGGGAAGUAAGCACGGUCAAUUAUUUUCACCAACUGGUUUUGAUGUCGAUCAUCACACAGGAGAAUUGUAUAUUUGUGAGGAGACUAACAACAGAGUUUCAGUUUUUAAAUAAAUUAAUAUUUAGCUGUAGU